GGCUGCAAGAUCAGAAGCGCACACUUGGUCUGCUUCCUCCAGGUAGAUCGCACCGCUUCUUGACAGCAGGGUAUCGGUCGUGUGGCAUCUACCGUGGACAUUCCACUGAGGACACUGCGUGCUUCUGAACGAGCGCGACUUUGAUUUUCUGUCAGUAUUUUUUGGUUGCAUUUCUUUCUAGCGGAUCCGCCGCUGCUGGCGUUGCUCUCUUCGGUUUCUUGGCGAGUCCCACCGGCAGGAGAUCCACAGCUGAGAGGAUUUCCAUGACAAUGAUAGCAUAAGGACAACAUUUCCACGCUUUAUCUCUACUCUGUGGAACAUCGAUUCUGUUUUUUUCCUUUUUUAUGUUAUACGCUCACAAGUGCGCCUCUUCGAAGAAUUUAGCUGCGCAACUUGGUCAAACUAAGUGAGUGUGGAUUUCUCUUUUUUUUUACUUUGAAAGCGGAGCAAACUGCACUUUUACCCAAGAAAUUGAUUUGUAGAUGAACUUUUGAAGUGAGCGGACUUAACUUCCAGCAUCAUCCAUCAGAAGCCGUUCAACCUUCAACCUGACUUUCCAUCAGUUUGGCUUCAUUGCAAGCAUGCCCCAGGUGGACAUGAUCUUCUUCCUCGUCCUCGUCUUUGGGAUGUGCGUGUUCGGCCAGGACCCGGCUUCCAAGGUGGUGUCCGACCGCUACGCCGUCUUCUGGAACCGCACCAACCCCAAGUUUUACCGGGGGGAUUACCACAUUGAUGUCUGCAUAAAUGAUUACCUUGACGUCUACUGUCCGCAUUACAUCAGCCCGGUGUCAGAUGAGCGGGCCGAGCGCUACGUCCUUUACAUGGUGAACUACGAUGGCUACAGCUCAUGUGACCACACUGCCAAGGGCUUCAAACGCUGGGAGUGCAACAGGCCUUUGUCCUCAAACGGGCCACUGAAGUUUUCGGAAAAGUUCCAGCUGUUCACACCAUUCUCAUUAGGGUUUGAGUUUCGUCCUGGCAGAGAGUACUACUACAUCUCUUCCCUCACUGACGCCAAAGGAAGAAGGAGCUGCCUUCGCCUCAAAGUCUUUGUCCGGCCACAAAACAAUUGUGCGCGAAACUCUGGGAACGUACAGGAAGGGGUCGACUUUGACGAAAACAGUCACAACAGUCUAGAACCCAGAGAUGACAUCAGUCACGAGUCGCCCGAGCCUUCUCGAACGGACGUGAACUCCACUCCCCGUUGCCGCAACUCUGUUCUCCUGCUUAGCUCCGCCCUCAUACUCCUGGCUGCUAUCUUGUCCUUAUAGCGCUCAUCCUGAGGAAUGGACUGUCCUCAUUGGACCACAGGCUGCAACCUCUUCCCUGCAAAGGAGCACUUUUUUUUAUUAAAUAAAAAAAGGAAAAAAAAAAAAAAGAAACAAGAAAAA